AUGGCCCCAGUCAAUCUGUCCCAUCGAAGAACGCAUAACUUGCUUCUGAUCUCGAAACUAUUGAGCUUGAGGGACACCGCGUCACCGCUCACCCUCCUGCAGGACUCGUUAGAGCAACCCGCCGCACCCCUCAUCAAGGAGUAUAUCAGGCGCGCUAAGCUAGGCAAAGUUCAUGUCACCCUGGUUGCUUUUGAAACCUUGAAACAACCAGAAGGGGUCGAUGCGUUUGUGUCAACCCGCCGAAAGAGCCCAGCCGAUAUUGUCAAAGAAGUAGCUGCGGCUUAUCAAUCCGCCGCAUCGACUGGCCCGUCACGACGUCGUCUCAUUAUCAUUGAUGCCAUCAACCCUCUUGUGAGCUCAAGGAGACUGGACCCUGGCUUCAACCUUCCGUCUUUCCUCAGCUCUUUCAUCGCCCCUUCGGACCCGUUAGCUGGCAAGGCUGAAGCUUCGUUGGUAGUGACAUAUCAUCAAGAUGUUCCGGGGUUGCCUCAGCAAAAUCCAUACUCACCAUCGCCCUUGUCAGUACUAACAUACCUGGCUACAAGUAUCAUUACACUCCAUUCAUUCUCCCACAUCCUGGCUCAGAAGGCCGCCCGCAAUCGCAGUCUGGCUGCUCCGGUUUUCGGGCUCGAGGAAGAACAAGACGGCAUCCUCCUCGGCCGGCUAGACAAGCUGGUAGGUACUGGUGCUGCGGAGGGUAUUGUGUUGGAGCUUGAGCACCGGCGUAAAAGUGGGCGUGGAGUCUUGGAAUGGUACAUUCUCCCGCCCGCAUCGCGAUAUUCGCCCCUGCAUGUGAAGGAAGUGGUUACAUUACUUGACGAUAAUGUUUUGUACAACCCUCCCCUGGAACCGGAUACAAAUCCUGAUAACGAAGAGCCCAAGUCAACAUUCGAGCUGGGCCUCACCGAGCGGCAAAGGCGGGAGAGAGAGGGCGUCGUCUUGCCAUACUUCGACGCGCAGCAUGGCGAUGGCCCUGGCGAAGGAGGUCGGAUUCUUUACGACCUGGGCGAGGAAGAUGACUUUGAUGAAGAAGAGGAUGAGAUUUAG